AUGGGGAUGGAUUUUGUCUUCGUCAACGUACAGAAACCAAGGGACGCCCUUCAGCUCGCCAAAGAGCCCGAGUUCCGGUCUCACGUGACGCGUUAUCAAUGGAAGCAAGCACGUCGAGAUAAGCGACUCCGGACUAGGCUCCUGCUGGGUGCGGCGCAGCUGGAUGUUGCACAAGAUGUGAAAACCACUGAAGUUCAAACCCGCCCCGGGUUCGACUCUUUCAACCCGGCACCAGCCUUGAUAUCGCCUCAAAUAGGCGGACUUAGGGUGGACCCCUUCAAGUCUUAUCCUAUAUCGGUCCAGCCUUGGACUCCACUCCUGGUCGAUCACUUUGAUAUUCCCGAGCUUGACCAGCCUGGGACCCCCGGUCUUUUGAGGACCAGUUGGUUUCCAUUAGUCAUGACCGAGCCCGCUUUGUUCUCUGUCAUUAUUCUUCUUGCUGCAUCGCAUUAUGCCUCCCUACAAAGUAACCCUAGCGGUAUGAAAAUGAACCUCCUCGGUCUUCGCUGUGAAGCUAUCCUGUCCAUCAAUCGCUGUCUUGAGGCUCAGCAGCCAGGGACUGUAAAUGAUGCUUUGAUAGGAGCUAUAGCAAAGAUGGCAAGCUAUGAAGCCAUGUUCGGCAGUCUCGAGAACUACAGUAUCCAUAUGCAGGGUCUCGCACGAGUGAUUGGUUUACGAGGGGGACUCACAACACUAGGGCUGAAUGGCUUGCUCUAUCGGAUGGUGAUUUGGAUUGACCGCAAUUCCGCUUUCUUGCAUGGAUCGGCGAUGACCUUUGUGGAUGAACUUCCGCCAGAUCCGAAUCCUGGCCAAUUCCUGGGUAGCUCCUGA